UCUAUUUAAAGUCUUUGGAAAACACUGAGGAACUUAACAGCUGAAGAACAAGAAUGUUUUCUUUGGAUAGGUUCAGAGAUAUCGUCAACGAGCAGUUUACUGCUGAGGAAAUCUGUGACGAUGGUAGAAGAGCUGCCGUCGAGAACGAGGCAGAGAUCGACCGUCAGCGCAGAAUGCUGGAUAUCAUUUCGAGCCCUCACUACCUCCUACACAGGAUAGACGUCCCACAGCAACAUGUGUGUAAGGAGGAGGAGGACGAGCAGCAGCUCUGUCACCAGGAGAGGAAGUCCAGUCUGGACCAGGAGGAGCCAGAGCCUCCACAGAUGAAAGAGGAGCAGGAGGGAGAGCAGCUCAAACAGGAGGAGACUGACACGCUGAUAAUGACUCCUAAGGAGGAGGAAAGUGAGCACAGAGAAGCAGAUGGACAACAUGAACACCAGCUAUGGGUUGCACCAGCUGUGUUGCCUCCUGCAGACGCCCAGCAGCUGUUGAUGAGUGAAGAAGAGAGCCCCCAGGAGGACACUGAGCCCCCACACAUUAAAGAGGAACAGGAGGAACUGUGGAUCAGUCAGGAGGGAGAGCAGCUUCAAGAGCUCAAGGUGGCUGACACCACCACGCUCCUCUUCGAUUCAAUCUUGUUGAAGAGUGAAGAUGAUGAAGAGAAACCUCAGACCUCUCAGCUUCAUGAGAGACAAAAUGAACAGUUGGAAACAGGAGCUGGUGGAGAGGACUGUGAAGACUCUUCUGGAGCUGAGAGUGAUGAUUGGAGGGUUACCAGAGCAGAUCAGUCAGGUUCAAACUCUGUCAAAAAUAUAAAUAAGAGUCACAAAGACAAGAAAUCGCAUAGAUGCUGUGAUUGUGGUAAAACCUUGCCAACAAGACAGAGUCUGACAAUACACAUGAGAAUUCACACAGGAGAGAAACCCUUCAGCUGCUCUGAGUGUGGUAAAAGAUUUAAUUUUAAACAUCAUCUGACAGGCCACAUGAAGAUUCACACAGGAGAGAAACCCUUCAGCUGCUCUGUUUGCAGCAAAAGAUUUACACAAAAGGGUCAUAUGAACCGUCACAUGAGAAUUCACACAGGAGAGAAACCCUUUAGCUGCUCUGAGUGUGGUGAAGACUUUAAUACAAAAAGUAUUUUGACACAACACAUGAGAACCCAUACAGGAGAAAAACCUUUCAGCUGCUCUAUUUGCUUUAAAAAAUUUAAACAGAAAGGUCACAUGCAAGCCCACAUGAGAACUCACUUCAAUGAUGACACUUUCAGCUGCUCUGAGUGCAGCAAAAGAUUCCAAAGCAAAGGGGCUCUGACCAGGCAUUUUCGAGUGCACACAGGAGAGAGACCCUUUGGCUGCUCUGAGUGUGGCAAAAGAUUCAAAGAAAAUGGAGCUUUGACCAAACACAUGAAAGUGCACACAGGAGAGAGACCCUUCUGCUGCUCCUUGUGCAGUAAAACAUUUAGGCAAAAUUUUGAGCUGUCCCUCCACAUGGCACAUCACAGAGGUGAGAAACCCUUCAGCUGCAGUGAUUGUAAUCAAAAAUUCGUUUGGCAUUGGCAGGUAAAAAAACACAAGUGUGUCAGAGGUCAGGAUUCAGGGGCUCUUCCAAACCAAACUGAGGAGAAAAGAGAGGCAGAAGCAGUAGCUGAUGGAGAGGACUGUGGAGUAGCAGAACAAGCCAGAAUCUCAGAUCCAGAGAGGCAUUUGCAAGCAGAAACUGAAGUCAGGACUGAAGCCUCUUCUGGAGCUGAGACUGAAGACAGUGAGGAUAAUUAGGAGACCAGAGAACAUCAGGGUUAGCAGAACCUGUUGACAUCUGAUUUUUGUUUCUCCUUACAUUCAGUGCAGCUCAUUUCGCUUAGCAUAAGUAAAGUCUGUAAUUUACUCUGUUUGCUGAUGUUUGUGACUAAAGGUGUUGAGGUGGUGCAUGGUGGUGACAUUAAAUAACAUGCUGCACAUUCUUGUUUUUACAUUCUAUACAAAAGGGCAUUGCAUAUGAUCCUGUGCUUUGCUGGAGACAUUGCCCUAAUUGUCUACAUACUCUUAAGGUGUUUCCCAAUGAUACUUCCUGUGCUGCUAAAGGGUUUUUGCUGACCUCAGUAUUUUUGUAUUUUUGUUUUGUUGAUAUCUGCAUGAAAUCAUCAUCCAAAACCAGAGGACUACCAAACAAGUUCUCUUCAGCCUCCCACAAGUGUACAUGUGAAAGUUGUGUCUGACGCCUGUAUACUUGAUGAAAACUUUGAGUCAGAAAGACAGGAGCAUGUGCAUCUCCCGUCUCUUCAUUUGCAUUUUUCUACUGAAUGUAAUAUGCUUCCUUACAUUUAAGAUAAAACAGCUAAAUAUAAUGUCUUUAAUCAUACAGAUAUGACUGCUGACUUCAUAGAUAACCACUGUAAUCUGUCUAAGAUAAAGUUUUCAUGUUAAACUGCUACAGUUUUAAUUGUAUCCUGGCUGUGUGAUAAUGAUCUCCUUAUUUGAGGAUAGAAAUGUCACUUUAUUUUGUCAUCAAACUUUGAUUUUGUUUCCACAUUAUUUUCCUGUAAAUUUAUUUUGUCAAAGCCAUGAAAUACAUCGUCUAUUUAAAUUAACCUUAACAAUAGCUGAAUAUAAAAGCCACUUAAAACCCAUUUUUUGACCAUUUUAAACCCUUUCCACCACUUUUUUCUGCCUG